GCGUGUAGCGCUGAUCAAUUCAGCAAUUGCCUACAUUGACCAAAAUGCACCGCGGCCAACUGUGAAGCGCUGAGAGACGGAACUGCUAAAGAUUGUCGAUAAUGUUUGACUCUAGUUUUUCAUUCAUUUAUCCAGCGUUAUCUUGUAUAAGCUGUACAUUAAGGAAAAACCGAACACAUGGCAAGUAAAAAACUAAGAAGAGCGGGUGUGUCGCAGGAAUUAUGUGAACUUCUCAAUCGUCACCAUGUGGAAAGUUGCAAGGAUCUCCUGUCCCUUACCCCGCUGGAAGUGAUGCGGGUUGCGGGACUGAGCUAUCAAAAUGCCUUAGCUUUGAUGCGAUCUGUCAGCCAACACUGUGCACCCCCAGUUACAACGCUCUUGGAGCUGUGGAAGCCGAAGUCAGAGAGCUUUUUUUCCACGUCUCUUCCCGCUCUUGACGAUUUCCUCCGUGGAGGUCUGCCUUUGGGGACCAUCACCGAGUUGGCGGGUCCAUCAGGAUGCGGUAAGACCCAGAUGUGUGUGAUGCUCAGCGUCCUCGCCACCCUCCCCAGGGCUCUGGGGGGGCUGGACGCCGGCGUGGUCUACAUUGACACUGAGUCGGCCUUCAGUGCAGAGAGGCUGGUGGAGAUGGCCCAGGCGCGGUUCCCAGAACACUUCUCCUCCAGGGAGCGGGUUCUGCAGAUGGCCAGCCGGGUCCACGUCUUCAGGGAGCUCACAUGUCAGGACGUUCUCAACAGGCUGGACCGACUGGAGGUGGACAUUAUCUCCACCAAGGCGGGUCUGGUGAUCCUGGACUCGGUGGCUUCGGUAGUGCGUAAAGAGUUUGACACCACCCUACCGGGUAACCUAGCAUCCCGCUCAAACCUGCUGACCCAGGAGGCCUCCACCCUCAAGUACCUGGCGCACCAGUUCAACAUCCCAGUUGUCCUGACCAAUCAGAUAACGACAUACCUUGGAAAUGGAGGUGGUGGCGUGCCAGGUGAAGGGGAUUCUGGGUAUGUGAUUGCAGCGCUGGGGAACACGUGGAGUCACACCGUCAACACACGCCUUAUCGUUCAGUAUGUGGACGCCCGCCAACGACAGAUAGUGAUAGCCAAGUCUCCAGUGGCUCCCUACGCUGUGUUGAAUUACACCAUCCAGAAGGAAGGCAUCUGUCUGGACGGCGACAACCAGGAGCCAAUUGGUGAGGCUAGAGACCCCGGGCUUCAACCAAUCAGAGUGAGGACGGAAUUCAAGUACAGCCUGAGCCAGGCUGUGGGGACGGACGGUGGCUCUUGAUCGUCUGGGGGAUCACGUGCGUUAACCGGUUUUCUGGGAUCAGUUAAAACAUGCUUAUCGUAUUAUAUGUGUUUGUUUGUGUUUUUUACACAUCGCUUUCGCAACUGUGAGACCAACGAUAAUGGUGAAGAAAUGGGACUCGCAUUGGAAACAGGAGGUGUUUUGUAUUUCUGUUCACAUGAAUAAAUAAGUAUUUAAUAAACACAUAUUGAACUCAUAUUCUGUGAAUUGAAAACACACAGGCAUUUUAUCUGUUCAUCAGCGUUUCGGUUACAUCGACAUCUUGAAUUCUGCCUUAUUUUGUCCACAUUCGUCAACAAAGCCGUGACCCAAAAUGUCUGCCUCAGCUGUAAAGUCACCACAUCACUAUGUAGGUAUUGGCCCCUAGAGAAAAACGAGGUGUUGGAAACCCGCACUGACGGCACUUAAAGGUCGUAUACAAGCUCGAUCGAGAGCAGAAGACACACAGCGUCAAAUGUGCGUUUUUUUACGUCCUUUAAUGCUUCCUGUAGAUUGAGUUUGUCCAUAUAUUUUGUCGGUGUGUGAAGUCGGAGGUGCAGAGAUUCACUCCACCAUCCUGCUUCUUCUCUCUCUCUUGCUCGCUCUCUGCCAAGGACACAGGAAGUAGUGGAAAGUGGAAAGAGCUGGUCGUGCAGUUCUGCGUGCGUGUUUGUCUAUCUGGGACUGGGUGUGUUUGUGUAUGCCUGCAUGCAUACGUGUGUGUGUGUGCUCGUGUGUGUGUGUAAGUGAGAGAACAAUUUCAAGCUGUGCAAAACAAUUUCUCCCCCUGUGAUCAAUAAAAUGCGUUAGUAUUUUGGUACAACUCAUUGUUGGAUAUCAUUAUCUAUCCAGGGAUCUUUUCUGUAUUUGCCUGGGCUCCUCACAGUUGAUUGGUUGUUCUGUUGAAUUCUCCAUUCUCCAUACGUUCUGUUAAGAAAUGCUCUUUAUAUCUCCCAAGUGUCGUCACCUACCAACCAUACAUGGGAACGGAAAAAACAGUUGGCCUAAAACCCUCAUCCUUCCUAAUAAAUCAAAUCAUCCGUUUAAUAAAUUGAAGCGUGAUUGUGAGACCACAGUGUUUAUUAAUCUUCAGGAUUAAACAUAACGGGCGCACAGGCGUGCCUGAGCUGCUCAUUGAGCCCGGUGCGACCAGCAGAUUGAUCUGAGCUAUGUAACUGAUACACUGCUAAUUAACUGUAUAUCUGGUUCACGAACAUAAAUAGACAAAUCAUCCCUGCACAUUGAACGUUUUGGGGAAAUGAUCAAAUUGAUCUUAUUUAUUCUAGCAUGGCUCACAGCUCAAAGAAAGAAACCAAACCGUCCCUCUCAGCUUGAGACGAACCCGCCGCCCCAUCGGCUUUCAGUUACGUUGUUGUUGGACCACAACAUUCUCUCUGACAGGAAGCUGGCUGAUAGUGUGCGCCCAUAUAAGGAGAAUAUCAGAGGCCGCUGCAUCUUAAUGAAUGUUUAUUGGCAAACUUCAUGACAACUGUUGUUGUCCAAGACAGGCACCUGAACACAACCACCAACCAUUGCCAGCAGAUAUGAGGUGCAGUGAAACAAAAGUUGGCAUUAAUAGUGAGUCAGGAAGGUUAUUGAGAAGGUACUAGAAGGAUCCGGGUUCGGUUCCCUGUCCCGGUUAUCACAGGGUUGAGUCCACACAUGACCCGUCUGCUCUGCGCCUGGCUUAUCAACCCUAACCUGGUUUACGAGGCCCUCACCAGGCCGUUGCCAUGGCGCCCCGUCUCACGCCUUGCGUUCCCAUGGCUUCCAGGAGCCCCGGGGGGGAGUUAGACUGAUUAGCCCGACAAUAGUGAUGUUUAGUGGGCUGUUCCCGGGCCUCGCGUCACAGGCGAGCGGCCACACGCUGUCUGGCGGUGGGAUUUGGUGUGAGUGAAACAUGCCGGCAUGUAUUUUGAUUAGUGUGUCUAUUUAAACUAAGGGUUUUCUUACACCUUGUAUGACAGACAGCCAGACAGACACACACACCCGUGUGUGUGUGUGUGUCUUGAAACCAAGCAAGCAUACCAACCCAUCAUGUGGGUGUAUGCUUGUGUACAUGUGGACGAAGCG